CGCAGGUGUCCCGGGGCCGCGCCGGGCGCCGCGUGUGCGCAUGCUCCGUGCGCAGGGUCGCGCCCCGGGCGGCGGAGUGCGGGCGCCGGGGCUCCAGUUCCGCGCGCGGCGGCGGAGGCGGCGGCCGGCGUGUGAGCCCGUGCGCGCGGCGCGUUCGGCGCUGGCCGUCGGGAGGGCGCCCCGCGGAGAGGAAGGGCCGGCGCAGAGUCGCUUUGCGGUCACAUGGAUCUGCGGUAUGGAGUCGGCCACGUUUGAUAACUUCACCUGGGAAGGCGAGAGCCUUCUUCCUUAUUAAAAGCCGUGAGGAAAACAACCAAAGGAAUCGUGCCAGAUGCCAAUGCUACAUCGCUUUCAAACCAUCAAGACAAAUGGCUUGAACUUUAAAUUUGUUCAUCAACAUUAUUUUUACCAUUUAAGAAAAAAUCGUUUUCACCUUAAGCUAUACAAAUCUUUUUUAAAUGUAACAUAAAAAUCUCUAAGGCCUUGUUCAAAAUAGCCUCCUUCUUCGUUUUCAGAACUUAAUGUUCAUGUGCCCUGUUUCAGUUGGCGCAGUCCUCACAGUAUCCAGCAGCAGGAAAGCUAUGGAUGCGGAGGGUCAUGGCAUUGUCAUAGGCUGCAGUACAUUUCCUUGUACACUGAAGUCAAGACAGCACCCGUUUCAUCAAAAUAUCACACGAGCACACCGUUCUCAGCUUUGAUGCCCACAGAGCUGCUUGAGCAUGGCGUGGGUGAAGUUCCUGCGGAAGCCGGGUGGCAACCUGGGCAAGGCGUACCAGCCGGGCAGCAUGCUGUCGCUGGCGCCCACCAAGGGGCUGCUCAACGCGCCGGGCCAGAACAGCUGCUUCCUCAACAGCGCCGUGCAGGUGCUGUGGCAGCUGGACAUCUUUCGGAGAAGCCUGCGGGCCCUGACGGGGCACGUCUGUCAGGGCGAGGCCUGCAUCUUUUGUGCGCUGAAGACCAUGUUUGCUCAGUUUCAACACAGCCGGGAGAAGGCCCUCCCGUCGGACAACGUGCGGCGUGCCCUGGCCGAGAGCUUCCGGGACGAGCAGCGGUUCCAGCUGGGCCUCAUGGACGACGCUGCCGAGUGCUUCGAAAACAUCUUGGAGAGGAUCCACUUCCACAUCGUGCCCAGCCGGGACGCAGACAUGUGCGUCUCCAAGUGCUGUGUCGCGCACCGGAAGUUCGCCAUGACGCUGUACGAGCAGUGCGUGUGUCGUAGCUGUGGGGCCUCAUCAGACCCUCUGCCUUUCACAGAAUUUGUGCGGUACAUUUCGACGACAGCCCUGUGCAACGAAGUUGGAAGAAUGACGGACAGGCAUGAGCGUGUGAAGCCCGAAUUGUUUGCGGAAUUGUUGCAAGCAGCGAAUACGACAGAUGACUAUCGGAAGUGCCCCAGUAACUGUGGCCAGAAAAUAAAGAUCCGCCGCGUCCUGAUGAACUGCCCGGAGAUCGUCACCAUCGGCCUGGUCUGGGACUCUGAGCACUCGGACCUGACCAGCGACGUGGUUCGGAGUCUGGCCACUCAUCUCUCUCUUCCCGGGCUGUUUUAUAGGGUUACUGAUGAAAAUGCCAAAAACAGUGAACUUCACCUUGUUGGUCUGAUAUGCUACACCAGCCGGCACUACUGUGCCUUCACGUUUCACACCAAGAGUUCCAAGUGGGUGUUUUUCGAUGACGCAAAUGUGAAAGAGGUAGGAACACGGUGGAAGGACGUGGUCUCCAAGUGCCUCCGGGGCCACUUCCAGCCCCUGCUGCUGUUCUAUGCCAACCCCGACGGCACGGCCGUUUCCACCGAAGACGCGCUCAGGCAGGUGGUCAGUUGGCCGCAGCAGAAACCCGGGGCGGACAGUAUGGGAUCUGAAACGCCCUCGAUUUAUAAGUCAGAGAAUCCCAAAGAGAAUGGAUUUGGUGGUCAGGCCAAACCGAGAGAAAGCCAGAAAUUUCAGACAGAUGACAUUUCAUCCUUCAGUCGGAGCCACAGCCAGGCGAGCGGCGGCAGAGGAGCAGCCAGGCCGGCUCCCGGCGACGCCCGGGAGAAGAUGAGGGGCCUCUCCAGGGAGUGUGCCCUGAAGGCGCUGGAGCAGAGGCGCCUCCUGUGUGCACCACGGAGGGAUGCGGGUCGGCACCCAGAUGCGCUGGAUGAAGACCUGCCACGUGUCCAGCCUGGAUCACCUCCUGCCCCGAAUGGCUUGCGGCAGUUCGGCAGUCGCCCCGCAUCGCCCAGUCAGGGGCGGGUGCCGUGCGGACAGGCCCCCCCCACCCCGAGCCGGGCGCCUGUGCAGGGCCCGAGUGUGGGGAGGCCCCCGGCUCCGGGUCCAGCGGAGCAGACCCCCCUGGCCAGCCCGGAGCAGGGCGACAGCGGCCCCGGGUACGAGACAGACAGCAGCCUGGACUCUCGGGGUAAAGGCAGCAGCCGCCGCAGCAGCAGCAGCAGCAGGAGCCGGAGCCGUGGCUGGAAGCCCAUGAGAGAAGCGCUGAACGUGGACAGUGUCUUCAGCGACAGCGAGAGGAGACAGCACAGCCCGCGGCACAAGCCCGGCACCAGCCACCCCCCCAGGGGCAGCGGGGACCAGGGUCCCGGCCGCUGGCCCACGGAGCCGCCCCAGCAGACGAGCUUGAUGACCAUCUACGAGGACGAAGUGCGGCAGGAGCUGGGCAGCAGGAGUUCCCUCCAGGGCCCGGGGAAAGGCCUCGUGGACACGGGCGUCCCUGCCGAUGUGUGGCCGGGGCCGAGGACCGAGUCCGGCUACGAGAGCAGCGACCACGUCAGCAGCGGCUCGGCCAGCCUGGACUCGCCGGGCACGGACGGCGCCGGGAGCGCGGAGCCCAGUGACCAGAGUAAGAUAAGCAACCGAACUGCAGAGCGUGUGAACGGUACCUCCCAGCAGAGUAAAAGCCACCUGGAAGGCUGUAGAAAAGAAUUCAAGAACUUGGAAGUAGGCUGUAAGUCUCAUGACCCAGAAUCCCAUCCACAAACGAAAACCCCUGUGAUAAAGAGGCCCCGCGGACGCGAGCCCAGCGGGAAGCUGCUCCCUGCGCCGGGCCCACCUGUCCUCCGGGACCUCGCAGCCAGUGAGCACCCCCCGACGGGGGAGCAGAAGCUUGAACAGGCCAGCGAGGGCCAGUUUCCCGCGCGGCCAGAUGGAGGCAGUUCCGAGGGGACAGGUUUACGUGCUCACACUGAUGCUAGUGCUGCUUCUGGAAUGAGAACGAGCAGUGAUGAGGUCUCACCAGCCUCGGUGUGGCCCGUGCCCGGGAGAGCUGCCCCCCUCGCCCGGCAGUGCACUGCCACAGACUCGUGUCACCCAGAGGCCUCCCCGUCCAGGGGCCGCGGGGCUCCGUCCACUCACAGAGCCGAUGAUUGCCAGGUGCCAACACUCACUUGCCAGAAUCCACCCCCCCCUUUGCCACCAAAAAGGUAUGCUGUGCCCGGCGUGCCACAGCCGGGGAAAACCGGCCCUGAACCAGAUGCCAGGCCCCCAGAGGCGCCCAGAGCGCGCUCUGCUGGCCCUCCACCACUCCGUGCUGGGACGGCGGCCGCACCGGGCUCCACGGCGAGCGCCCCGUCCAGGGACGAGAGGCCCAAGCAGCCCGUCCCAGUGCGAGAGCGCGUGGGCACCCCCCGGAGCCACCCGGCCAGUGCGGCCAACUGUGCCCCAGCAGGUCUGGGUGCAGGGGGCACUGCUCUGUGCCAACCAGCAGCAGACCGGAGCCCGGCCUGGCCCGGGGACACCGUCUCCCUCACCACCUACUUCUCCGUCGACAGCUGCAUGACCGACACGUACAGGCUGAAGUACCACCAGCGGCCCAGGCUCUGCUUCCCGGAGGGCUCCGGCUGCGGGAACUCGGCCCCGGGACCUGCGUUGCUGGACAGUCUCGGGACGAGCUGCCCUCCUGAGCACAGACACAAGCCCAGCGUCCACUGUGACAGGUGAACCACGACCCGCAGCCUCACACUCAGGCCAUCACAGCAUGGGGAGAUGGACGGACCGCACUUAGUGAACCAUGAGGUUAAAGCCAUGCUGUUUCCAAGUCAUCCGUCACUUUAACAUUCUCUCGUACGUUGUACCUCGAGACAAUCAACUUACUGGGUUUUAGAAAUCCCGUUGAGUCAUCUUGGCUUGCCUCGAAAAACAAUCAGGGAUGUGCAAAAAGUCACUUAUUGCAUGGUGUGGCUGACUAAAAAUGGAGCCUGUCCCUUU